AUGGCAGCCAGCCGCUCCGGACGCAUCCUUCGUGGACUGGGCUACGCGACCCUCGCGGGAGGUGUCGGCGCUGGCACCCUCUACUUCGUCUACCGACCGCGCGACGUCCCUGGCCUCGAGGCCGCAUCCGUACCUCCUCCCACGUACGGCGAAGGAGGUGUCUUCCGCCCUCCUCAGUUUCCCCGCAUCAAGUCAAGAGCAGAGCAGAUUGCCGAGCUGAAGGCCAGCGCAGGCGCUGUGUUCCAGGAAGCUAAAGAGAAGGUCAAGAGCACGUUGGGACUCGAGCAGGAGUCGAGCGGUGCUGAGGACAAUGUUUACGAUCUGUUGAUCAUCGGCGGUGGCGCUACUGGUUCUGGAAUCGCACUCGACGCAGCUUCGAGAGGGCUGAAGGUCGCUUGCGUGGAAAGAGACGAUUUUGCAUCUGGCACAAGCUCAAAGAGCACCAAGCUGGUCCACGGCGGUGUUCGGUAUCUGGAAAAGGCUGUCUUCGAAUUGGAUUACAAUCAGUACAAGCUCGUCAAGGAAGCUCUCCGUGAGCGGAGAUACUUCCUCGACACUGCGCCGCAUCUCUCGUCAUGGCUCCCGAUUAUGAUUCCCGUCAACAAGUGGUGGCAAGCGCCGUACUUCUGGGCGGGUACCAAGGCCUACGACUUUCUUGCUGGAUCUGAGAACAUUGAGACUUCGUACUUCUUGACAAGGAGCAAGGCUCUGGAUGCCUUCCCAAUGCUCAAGAGGGACAACCUCUGGGGUGCUUUGGUUUACUACGAUGGCGCACACAACGACUCUCGAAUGAACGCUUCUCUUGCUGUAACUGCUGCUCUUUACGGUGCUACUAUGGUCAACCAUCUCGAGGUUACUGGUCUUGAAAAGGACGCCAAUGGCAGACUUUGCGGCGCAAAGGUCAAGGAUCUGGUACCUGAGAGGGAUGGCGGCAAAGGCGAGCAGUUCAAUAUCAAGGCCAAGGGUAUCAUCAACGCUACUGGACCAUUCACCGACUCCAUCCGCAAGAUGGACGACCAAGCUGUACCUGAAAUCGUCGCACCUAGCUCUGGAGUUCACGUCAUUCUGCCUGGAUACUACUCGCCUUCCAACAUGGGUCUAAUCGAUCCUCGUACCUCUGACGGCCGUGUCAUCUUCUUCCUGCCAUGGCAAGGCAACACGAUUGCUGGUACCACUGAUGCUCCCUGCGAUGUCACUCCCAACCCAAUUGCAAGCGAAAAGGAAAUCGACUGGAUUUUGAAGGAAGUACAGAACUAUUUGCAACCCGAGAUCAAUGUUCGACGUGGCGACGUCCUUGCUGCGUGGUCUGGUAUCCGUCCUCUCGUCCGCGACCCAAAGAAGGCAAAGUCAGAGGGUCUUGUCCGCAACCACUUGCUCACCACCUCUGACUCUGGUCUCAUGACCAUGGCUGGAGGCAAAUGGACCACUUAUCGUCAGAUGGCAGAAGAGGCUGUUGAUGAGGCUAUCAAGGAGUUCAAGCUGGCGCCCAAGGGCGUGCCAAAUCCACCUCUCGUCUCUGGUGUUGAGGGCUUCCAUGAGGACAUCAAGCUUGACGGCUCCUGCCAGACUCACGCAGUGAGGUUGGUCGGCGCACACGGUUUCUCCAAGACUCUCUUCAUCAACAUCAUUCAGCACUACGGCAUCGAAACAGAGGUCGCGAAACACUUGACCGAAUCUUACGGAGAUCGUGCGUGGACUGUUGCUGCUCUCUGCGCGCCCACAGAGAACCGCUUCCCUGUGCGAGGUGAGCGUAUUUCCGAGCUCUACCCAUACGUGGAUGGUGAGGUUCGCUACGCUGUGCGUCACGAAUACGCCCAGACUGCAGUUGAUGUGCUCGCCCGAAGGACGAGGUUAGCUUUCCUCAACGCCCAGGCUGCACUUGAAGCGCUACCUAAGGUGAUUGACCUCAUGGGUGAGGAGCUCAACUGGAACAAGCAGCGCAAGGCCACUGAGUGGAAAGAGGCGGUGACAUUCCUUGGCUCGAUGGGUCUGCCCAAGAGCAAGCUCACCCUUACGCGCGAGGAUGUGGAGAAGGGCCGCGUGGGCAAGUAUGAGGACGAAGAGUUCGGCCUCUACGCCCGUCAUGACAAACCCGACGAGGUCCUGUCGUCUGACUCGAAGCUGCUCUCUGGCACGAACCCCACCAUUGGCAAAGAAUCCCCAGCCAACGCAUAA